UAGGUUUUCAUCUGAAACCAACAUUCAGAACACAAGCAAGAUGCUUCUCUCUGAUGCUGAAAAGGCUGCAGUUGUGUCUCUCUGGGCAAAAGCAUCUGGCAGUGUGAAUGCCCUUGGUGCUGAAGCUUUAGAAAGGCUGUUUCUGAGCUACCCUCAGACCAAGACAUACUUCAGCCACUUCGACCUGAGUUCUGGAUCUCAUGAUCUCCAAGUUCAUGGAGGAAAGGUCCUUGGUGCCAUUGGAGAGGCCACCAAACAUCUGGACAACCUGGAUGAAGCUCUGUCCAAGCUGAGUGACCUACAUGCUUACAACCUGAGAGUAGAUCCUGGAAACUUCAGGUUGCUGUCUCACACUAUCCAAGUUACUCUGGCUGCCCACUUCCAGGCUGAAUUUGAUGCAACAGCCCAGGCUGCUUGGGACAAGUACCUCGCCGCCAUCUCUACUGUUCUUACCUCCAAGUACAGAUAAAUCCAGACUGGUUUCUGCAAAUACAGCAAAAAUAAAACUCUACUAACAGAUAAAUAAAGUUUCUAAAAUACAUUUAAAUCCUGUGACAAAAACACAUCACGUUUACAGACCAUUUCCAGCAAGGUUCCCUGCCCUGUUCAUUUAAACCUUAAUAAAAACAGUUCUCUUGUAAA